CGUGAAGGAAACCAUGAUGAAAAUGUACAUUCGCUCGCCGUAGCCAUAAAUCGUUUCUAGAUAUCCAGUUUUCAGUUUGAGUUUGUCUUUCGGGCCGUUAACAGCUCUUUCGUCUGAGCUCGGAGCGCUAAGUGAAUUGGAUUUUGUUGAGAGCAAAUGUUUCCUCUGUGUGUUGGAAGGUGAAGAAAGAGGCAAACAUUUUAACAAGAAUAUUGUUUGAAUGAAGAAAGUGGAAGCUACUAUCAGCUGAGGCAUUGUGUGGCGAAGGGAGGAUUCUCUCAGCAAAGCAUUCCGGUGUGUUAAAAGCGGUGUUAUCUACAAUCAAAGGAUAAUAAUAGAGUUGGGGGUUACAACUUGUGUGAAAAAAAUAAACGAACAAACUGUUUGAAGAGGAGUUUCGAAGAGAAAGGAUAUACCAACAAAUGGUAAUUUUGGAAGGAGCAGCUAUGUUACAAAUCGGAAAUAAUCAGUAUCUGCAACCGGAUUACAUGUCGCCGCUGCCAACUUCGUUGGACGCCAAGAAAAGCCCACUGGCACUUUUGGCGCAAACAUGUAGCCAGAUUGGUGCAGAUUCCGGAAAUAUAACCGUCAAAUCCCUUGUUUCUCCAUCGGAAAAGAAUAAAAAAUCUUCAUCGUCAUCAUCAUCUUCGGUUUCAUCUGCGGGUUCCAUCGAGAAUGGAGGCCAUUCCAAUAACUCCAGAUCCCCGUCGGUGAAGACAGAAAAGUCGGAUGCAUCUCCAGAAAUUAAGCUGGCUUUCAAACCGUACGAAAUGAAUGUGCUAACUACAAAGGUGAAGAACGACGAACGCCCGUCGUCAAAAAUGAGCAGUGGAAGUGAUAUAAUGAAUAAUAACAGUGUAAAUCAUGUCAAUAAUAAUGACCUGAAAAAAGAUAUGCGCUCGUCAUCGCGUGGUAGUGCAGAAUCUCCUCGUGCAGGAAGUGUUAAUGGAAACAAGAAUGGUGAAUUAAGUGAAAAUGGUAAAAGUACACCCGAGGGUAGCAGUAGGAAGACCAGCUCUCCAAACGAUCGUGACAAAACCUCUGCUAGCCCUAUCAUUCGACCGGGUGCCGAAGUUAUGCAAGCAGGAAAAGAUAUGUCAGGAUACAAACCAAGUGCUUACGGAAUAAACCCACUAACUGGAUUACCGUCUCCGUCGGGUAUUGAUCAUACAAAUCCAGCAUUCAGACCUCCGUUUGCUGGAGCCUUCAGUCAUCAUCAUGCCGCAAUGCUAGCGGCGGCAUACCCUGGAGCAGCUGCUGCUGGUGCAAAUCCAUACCUUAGCUACACUAGGGUUAAAACUCCUUCGGGCGGUGAAACACUGGUACCCAUUUGCAAAGACCCCUAUUGCACUGGAUGUCAGUUUUCCGCGCACAAUCACCAAAUGAUGAUGGGAGGUCAGUGUCCUGCAGGUUGUACGCAAUGUGAUCAUCAAAAGUACAGUCUAGCUAUGGCCAUGGGUACUCUACCGCCGGGGUAUCCUUAUCCACCGGCUGCCACGCAACCUGGCCGCCCCUACAUGUGCAACUGGGUUAUUGGUGAUUCAUACUGUGGCAAACGAUUCAAUACAACCGACGAGCUUCUGUCACAUCUGAGAACACAUACCGCCAAUCUGUCGGACCCGGCGGCUCUGGCCUUGCAGCAACAGUUGAUGCCGCUGAGUGGAAUCUUCCCACCAUCAUCGCUACACCGUGGAUAUCCAAAUCCGCCAUUGAGCCCGCUUUCUGCUGCCAGAUAUCAUCCCUACGCUAAGCCUGGAGCAUUACCCGCUGGCAUUCCUGGUUCCCCGUACGGAGCGGCUUUCAACCCUGCUGCUUUCGGGCAAUACUACUCUCCGUAUGCAGCUGCUUUGUACAGCCAACGAAUGGGAGCCGCAGUUCACCAGUAAAAGCGCCCCUCCCAUUCGAAGAAUGCCCAGGUGUUAUUUUCUAUGAAUCUGUGAUAUUAACUUUAUUCUAUAUUGCAAAAGAAGAAAUGCUGAAAUUUUGCGAAAAUGCAAAGCGUAGUGAGACUAGAAUGACAAAAUUUGUGUCGUGGUUGUAAAACUGGUUUCAAGAUUAAUUUGAGCCGUUCAAGGGUCACUAGUGAAACUGUACCAAAUAGAUCGUGUAAAAGAUUCUUCAAACUAGUUUUAUACCAUAGAUUUGAAGCUACUUUUCUAUCUGAGUAGGAAUGGUAUCGCAGUAGAUUACAUGGUUUUGAUAAUGCAGAUAUAACUGAAGCCGUCGGCAUUUUGUGCUACUCUUUCGAGGGAUAAAUUGAAGCCACAAACUGGAUUCUUAUUUGAGCUCUAAACCAUUGCAUGAGUAACUUAUUGUUUUAACCAUAAAAUAAUUGCCAAACAUCGUAGUUUAAGUUUGAUUUGUUUGUUUUUGCUUGUUCAUUUGCCUCUCAAACAUAAGAGCUAAAGACUGUAGUGAUUCUUUCAUUGCGAAUACAGAACAAAGGACAAAAUGUACAGAUAACAUGAAAAUUAUAGGAAUGAGAAAUGGUAUAUUAACUGUAGCAAGCCGUAAAAAGCUCUAUUAAUUAUCUUUAAGCGUACGGAAAGAAAUGAAGAAGAAGAAAUAAACGAUUUUAUAAAGAAAACCAAA